AUGUCCGCAGUAGCCCCGCCCUCCUCAGAUUGCUAUGGCGACGACUUCUCCACCCCCGAAGGAAGCGAUGCUGACAUGAUGGACGUGGAGCCUCUUCUGGAUUCAUCCCAGCAUCACUCUGGUUUCAGUUCGUCGUCGCUGGAGUUGAACUGGGAGGAAACUCAGCCGGAGGAUGGUGGCUGGAGCCAAGAUGGAGGCCUGGAGGGGCAGCUGGAGAGGAGGUGGCUGCUCUGGCACGACUUCAUGAAGGAGCUCGGCCACCUGGAAGCUUGGCUGCUAUUGGCCGAGCGGGCCAUCACCUCCCCAAACUCCGCCCACUUUACCUACUCCGCCGCCAAGGAGCAGCUGAGGAAGUUUGAGCGGCUGCGGCGUGAGUCCGGGUCUCGACUCGUCCAGUUGGACAGUUUGACCCGACGGAACCGAACGCUGACCCGGAUGUUCCACGGAGCCAUGAAGACCCGACUGCUGGCCGCAGCCGGAGAGUGUGGACGGCGGUGGGACGACGUGAACCAGGAGCUGGAGGCCGUCAGCGGCCGGCUGCAGGAGUUUGUGUCAGAGUGGGAGGAGUUUGAGGCCCAGGGGGCGGAGCUUGCUCUCUGGUUGGCCGACAUGGACGUUCGUCUGACGGAGGUCGAUCACCUGACAGGAAGCACCUGUGACAAGCUGCGACGGCUGCAGUCCUUCCAGCAGAACGUCUGCGUGAACUCGGGUCGCUUCAACGCUCUGCUGCAGCGCGGCGAGGCGCUGAUCCAACACAGCGACGGCGCCGACGCGCAGCACGUGGAGCGCCGCCUGCUGGAGCUGCUGCGGCGCUGCAGCCACGUCUACAACAACAUCGCACGGACACACACACGGCUGCUCAGCAUGAGACUGGUGUUUGAGGACGACUGGAUUCUGUCUCAGGCCACAGACUCUGGUUGUCCUUCAGAAACUCUACAAGAAGACGAGGAGGUGAUGGACAAACCCAACCUGGACCUCCACGCUGCUCCAAGCUGCCCGAAAGCGCCUCCCUGGGCUCCUCCCCACCCGUCCUCCCCGACCCAUGAGCACCUGGGGCUGGAGUGGGACCCCUCGGUGGACAUCGGACGCUCGGUCUCCCGUGACGACGCCGACUCGUCGUACUUCAGCGCCUGCACAGGUUUGUGUCACAGAGACGGCCUGAAGAGGCGGAGCUACCUCAGCUCCUCCGACUCCCGCUCUGACAUCAGCAACGACAUCAUCAACCAGGAAGCAGAGCUGGGUUUGGAGUACUGGCUCGACCAAUCCCGCUCCUUCUCGCCUGCCGCCAACGGGAAGGACCAAUGGGCGACCUCGACUCCUGACGCACAGAGCGGCGAGCCAAUCGGCUUCGACGGAGGGCGCGUGAAGGCGUGGCUCAGAGUCCAGAGCUCCGCCCCUCCGGAGGCGAGGCCGUCCUGCUCUAAAGCUGUGCAGACUGACGAGGCGAAA